UCAUCAGUACAACAUCAGCAUCUUCCGGGGGGUGCGCGCAGAGAAACGAGAGGAGGAGGACGGAGAAAGAGAGAGAGGGGGAGAGAGGGAGAGGAGACAUACUGGAUAAAGGCUACGACAAAAACAUGAUGAUAAUGGAGUCGAGGCGGUGGAGGAUGUCGGAUUUACGAGAAAGGACUGUUGAGAUUUGACAGAGGGCUCGUGUUGAAACCUGUUUUAUUUCUUUUUUUUCAUUUUUCGAGUGGACACUGAAGCCUACCGGAGGGGAAAAGGGGGAGCCCCCCCCACGGAUGCCUCGGGAGGUAAAAACGGGCUCCACCGCUGGCGCUAGAACGGCACCGAGACGCACCCCUCUCACGUAUCGGUAAUAAAAGGACAUCCCGAAGGAAGCUCCGCAUUGAUGGAUGAGGAUGAAACCCAGCUUUAACCCACCUCCACUGUGAAAUUACAGGGGGAAAAAUCUUGUUUAUAUGGAUUUUUUUCAAUCUUCAUGGUGUAACCCCCAAAAAGCGAGCCUUAGACAGCAAUGUUGAAUCACUGGUCUUGGUAAAUUAUUCAUUAUAGUGGUGUAGGUAUGGCUAUGAUUUUUUUCUACUGCUCCAAUGUAGCAUUUCCCCCUCAUUCAGUUUUACCAUGUUCAGCCUUGUGAUAUCACACACACAUUUGCAGGUUACAUUUUUCUACCGUGUGGUUAUGUAGGCCCACUUAAUAGCCUUUAACAAUAGCCAAAGUGGGGGAAAUUUAAGCACAUUUGAUAUAGAGUUGUUUUCUUCUACGAGGGGGUGGAAAAAGAGAUAUAAAUCCCAAACAUGUUGCCUUCCCAAGAAGCCUCCAAGAUCUACCAUGACAAUUACAUGCGCAACUCCCGGGCCAUCGGGGUGCUGUGGGCCAUCUUCACCAUCUGCUUCGCCAUCGUCAACGUGGUGGUGUUCAUCCAGCCCUACUGGAUCGGAGACAGCGUCAACACGCCGCAGGCCGGCUACUUCGGUCUCUUCCACUACUGCGUGGGCACCGGGCCGUCGCCCAACCGGGAGUUCACCUGCGUGGGCAGCUUCUCCGACUUCAGCUCCAUCCCGUCCGGAGCCUUCAAGGCGGCCUCGGUGUUCGUGCUGCUAUCCAUGGUGCUGACCCUCAGCUGCAUCGCCUGCAUGAUGCUCUUCUUCUUCUGCAACACCUGCACUGUUUACAAGACCUGCGCCUGGAUGCAGCUGCUGUGCGGUAGGUGA